AUGGUGUCCGCACCCAAAACGAGCAUCGUGGCCGACGUGACGGCUCCCAAGCCGUCCGAUGCGCUCCCCAUCAAGUACAUCCCAAGAAGAUGGAAUGAGCGCGGCUACUCUGACCUCGGCUGGCUCAAGACCUUUCACACCUUCAGCUUCUCGAGCUAUCAUGACCCACGCUUCAUCUCCUUUGGGCCACUGCGGGUCAUCAACGAGGACCGUGUCGCACCAGGACAGGGCUUCCCCACCCACCCACACCGCGAUGCAGAGAUCUUCUCCUACGUCCUCUCAGGCCGCCUCACGCACAGAGACAGUAUGCAGAACGUCGAGCACAUCGGCCGCGGCGACGUCCAGUUCACCUCCGCUGGCACAGGCAUCCGGCACAGCGAGUACAACGACCAUGCCACAGAGACAUGCCACUUUCUCCAGAUCUGGUACACGCCGCUGGUCAAGAACCUCACGCCCAAGUACGUGACGCUUCCUCGCCUCAGCGACGAGGACAAGCUCGACAAGUUUGUCACCCUCGUCAAGGAGAUCGGAACCAUGUCGAAAGAGGAGGCCGAUCGCAGUGGCCUGCUCCCGCCCCACAGCAUCAUUGGAGCGCACUCGAGUCUUGUGACGCGUGCUGCGCUCAUCACGCCCGCCAACACCGUCGAGCAUACCUGUGGCGCAGAGGUCCUGGACCAGGCCGGGCCACGGUGGAUCUAUGUGCAUGUUGCGAUGACGUUGGGCGCAAAGGACCCUGCAUCUGUGGCAGAAGGAAGAAAAGAAGCAAAAGUAAAAGUGGGCGAUGUGACACUGGUCGAGGGAGACGGCUGCUUCAUCAGGGGCAACGUAGUGGGCAGCACUUUGUCAUUGACAAACGUAUCUGACGUGACGGCCGAGCUUCUCCUGUUCGACCUCAAGCCUGCCUCUAAUUAA